CAGUUGUGCGGAGAGAAAAGUGGAGGCUGUCGGCACAAGGUGACGUUUUGUUUCACACGCUCGGGGUCAAAUAACGGAAGCUACGCUGUUUUUCUGGACAGAAGUUUUUUAAAGGAUAUCUUCUGUAAGUCUCAACAUGUCAGCACUAAGCCAUCUCCCAGGAAGUGCUGAACUUAGCUCAGCCCAGGUGCGGACUCGUUGAGCUCUUUGAUCUGCAUCUGCACUUGGUUCUGGACUCAUGUAAGACUGAGCAGAAGCAGAACCAUGUCAGAAACCCUCCAGCUGCCUGCCUUGCAGAUCCAGGGCCCGGUAGACGGGGACUGCAACGGAUGCGAGGCGGAUCCGGCCCUGUCCAGCUCGUCCAGCCCGUCUCUGCGGCGCAAGCGCUUCAAAAUGCGCCGUAUGAAGAACGUCAUGAGCGAGAAGGAGCAACCGGAGAAGGAACAGCUUCAGCGUUCUGGGAGUAAGGAGUACCUGCAGCUUCCGUCCAUUGAGAUCACGCCGUCCAGCGACGAGGACGCGGCGUGGUCGAGUUGUUCCACGCCCAGCGCCUCGCCCCAACGCAGACGCUUCCUCCUGCGCAAGUGGCUGAGAGGAGGCGAGAAAAAAGAGCACGGCAGUGAGAGCAGCAGUCAGCAGAGCAGUCUGCAGAGCAGCCAUGAGGAAGAGUCCAUGCGCUACCUGAGCCCCAACACCCGCGACGACAGCACUGCCAGUAACUCGAACCGCAGCUCGCCGGCCUGCUCACCCGUCCUGCGUAAACGCUCGCGCUCCCCAACACCCCAGAGUCCAGAGGGAGAGAACAUGGUGGAAAAGAGCUCCGAUCAUUCCUCCGAUAAAUCCCCCUCCACCCCGGAACAAGCCGUCCAGCGCACCUACAGCCAGUCGCUUCACACCACCCGCCCCGGAGGGAAAAACUCCAAGAAGAGUCAAAGCUGGUAUAACGUUUUGAGCCCCACAUACAAACAGCGAAAUGAAGACUUCAGGAAGCUCUUUAAGCAGCUGCCCGACACAGAGCGCCUCAUUGUGGACUACUCCUGUGCCCUGCAGAGAGAUAUCCUCCUGCAGGGCCGCCUCUACCUCUCCGAAAACUGGAUCUGUUUCUAUAGCAACAUAUUCCGCUGGGAAACGCUGCUGACUGUGAGGUUGAAAGAUGUUUGCUCCAUGACGAAAGAGAAGACAGCUAGACUCAUCCCCAAUGCCAUCCAAUUGUGCACAGACAGUGAAAAGCACUUUUUUACCUCAUUCGGGGCAAGAGAUCGGACAUACAUGAUGAUGUUCAGACUCUGGCAAAAUGCUCUACUGGACAAGCCAUUGUGUCCCAAAGAGCUGUGGCACUUUGUCCAUCAGUGUUAUGGGAAUGAACUUGGUCUGACCAGUGAUGAUGAGGAUUACGUACCUCCUGAUGAUGACUUCAACACCAUGGGGUACUGUGAGGAGAUUCCUGCUGAAGAAAACGAGGCCAAUGACAACUGCCCUAAAAUCCCAGACGCCAAAAUGGACAUCAGCCCCCAGCUCCACAGGAAGGUUUUUCCCAACAGCAGUCUGAAUUCCACGGACAGCACAGACGCUCCGGUCAAUUUUGACGUGCCCCCAGUGGAAGACUUCAGUGGCUGCGUCCCAGAAGACCUUUAACCCCUGUCGUUACCUGACAACAAGCUGUCAGAGACCAGUGGCUCCGCCCAUGUCCCCGUCCCCUCACCUUCCCUUGACUUCAACGAUAACGAAGACCUCCCCACAGAACUCAGCGACUCCUCAGAAACACACGACGAAGGGGAAGUGCAGGCUUUCCAAGAAGAUCUGAAUGGGAAACUGUACAUUAAUGAAGUGUAUAAGUUCAGCGUGGAUAAACUAUAUGACAUCCUCUUCACUGAAUCCCAGUUCAUGAGAGAGUUUCUGGAGCAGAGACGCUUCUCAGAUGUGGUCUAUCACCCGUGGAGGAAGGAAGACACCGGCAAUCAGACCAGAGAGAUAAUGUACACUAUCUCCCUCUCCAACCCACUGGCCCCAAAGACGGCCACAGUCACAGAAACGCAGACUUUGCACAAGGCCAGUCAAGUGAGCGAGUGCUACAUCAUCGAUGCUGAGGUGAUUGCUCACGAUGUCCCGUAUCACGAUUACUUUUACACGCUCAACCGCUACAUGCUCACUAGAGUCGCCAAGAACAAGUGCCGACUGAGGGUGUCAGCUGAACUACGCUACCGGAAGCAGCCAUGGGGAUUGGUCAAGGGCUUCAUUGAGCGAAACUUCUGGAGUGGCCUGGAUGAAUAUUUUAGAUAUUUAGAGCUAGAGUUGAGUAAGGUACAGCUGGUGCUAUCUGAACCUCACAAACAGUCUCCCAAAUCCAAAGCGCUACGCACAGCUACAGUGAGAAGGAGGAAACGGCCGCUGACGCACAUGAGGCAGCAGCACCUGGACGAGGCGCUCAGCCCUGUCACCACACCUGAGGAUGAGAAGAGCGUCAUCCAUCGCAUCAAACACGUGGCAGGAUCCACACAGACCAGACACAUACCGGACCACGGAUCUGAAGGCCUGGCUCUCUACAGCGUUUCCAAACUCCUGCUUAUAAUCAGCUCUGUGAUUUGUGUAAGUCUGGUGCUACUGGUCUUUUUGAACAUGAUGCUGUUUUAUAAGCUAUGGAUGCUGGAAUACACGGCUCAGAGUUUGACCACCUGGCACGGUCUCAGGUCUCAUGAAAGCAAACUUCCACAGACACAGAUUGAAUGGGCUCAACUUUUGGAAUCUCAGCAGCGUUACCAUGAGAACGAGUUGGAAAAAUGGAGGGAAAUAAUAAAGUCAUCUGUGCUGUUAUUAGAUGAGAUGAGAGAGUCUCUAAUGAAGCUACAGAAAGGUAUCGGGCUGAGAGACUACGACUCAGACAGUGAAGAAAGGAGAAGUCGCUAUCACUGACAAACAGAGUCCCGGCUCAGCCAGUGCAAUGAACACCUCCACAUGUAAAUGACCGGAUGAGCUGGGCCGGGGCAUGGUAAGUGGGCGGCACUGACCGGACAGAUGCCGAAGGAAACCCAGUACUGUAAUUUCUUCUCUGCGAUGAAAGAAACAAUGAUGGAAUGCAGUCCCGUGAUCGUGGAAUCUGUCCGUUUACCCAGGGCUAAAACAAACACACCAAAACAAUUCAACUGUCACUUCGAAAAAAGACACAGACUCUUUGGUUUAAACACUCGGAAAACUUGAGCGGAUGUUGGAACUCUGCAGCAUCCCUUUUUUAAACCUUUUGGAGUCUGGGACCAGAUAAAGAAAAUACGGAGUUACUAUCAGCAAAUGUUAUGUGGACGUGUACAUGUUUAUUUAUAAAAACAAAAUAUGGAAACGAAUGAUAUUAUGAUACACAUGAAAAUAUAUCAUUUCUAUGUAGAGCUAUAUUUGUUGCCAGAGUUAAUUUGUAACAGGCUUCCAUGGAGAAUCAAGGCUGGUUCCUUGAUAGCUUGCGCCAUGGUGUAUCAACUAUAUGCAACUGGUAUAUCCACCCCUGUCUGGAGGAAUGACUUCCUCCGAUUGGUUGAUUUGCGAUGACAAGAGAGCCACGGACUCUGAGGUUCCAUCUACUAAGCAUCAGGCUGCAUUCCAGUUUCCAUACUGCUGCGCUAUCACAGUCCAUACUUGGAGAUAUUCAUAUUUUUAGGCAUAUGGGAUACUUUUUUCCUCUUCCCAGUAAGUUAUAUGGAAAUAGGGUGAAAAUACUGUCUAAACAGCUUGUUAUUGCAACAUCUGCUCAGCCAUUGGCCUGAGUUUGAGAGCGGGACGCAAAUUUGUCUUUAAAAAGACAGUUGCUCAACUAUUAAAUAAGAAAGUAGUCCGUUUCUACAGUAGCUCACAUUCAUUUUUACCUCUGGCAAUUAGGAUUCAGAUGUCUUUACAUUUUGUUAAUUGUCGAAGAUAUCAUGAUGAACAAAAUGUGAAUUUUCAUCGUUGCUCUCAGAGCUUAUUGUCUGCAAUAACCCAAAAGCCAAUGGAAAAAUCCUUUUUGUAGAGGGAACCAGGUUGAUGCAGAUUUCUAGCCUGCAAAAAUAUACCGUCACUUCAGCGCUCUCUUACGAGGAAGAGUAUGGGAAUUGGGAUGCAGCCGUCAAGUCAACCAAACCUCUCAUGCAGUGGUUAACUACAGCAGGUACUCCCCAGCCAAUUGCAUCCAUUUAUUUGUGAAUGAAUUAUUGUUACAUGAAUGUGUUUCUGUUCUCCCUCAGGAUCCGUCUAUAUCCUGUGGGCAGCUGUAAACAACUUCGUAUUGCCAAGCUUUGAUUUUAAAGCCAUUCCGUGAUUAUUGUUUGUUUUUAUAUGUCGUUUUUGUGUUUUGAUGCUGAACCAGCUGCUGGACAGGUGCGAGAUGCACAUUGGUCGUUUGAUGUCAGAAAGUAUUUAACAUAGUUUUUGUUGGUAUCGUAGAGCUGGACAGAAAUGUAUUUUGAUGUGUUCUUAUAUACUGCAAAAAAUGCUUUUCGAGACUAAAAUUUUUUUCUUGUUUCUAGCCAAAAUACUAAAAAAACUGUCUUGUUUUUUUUACUUGAAAGAAGCAACAUAAUCUGUCAGUGGGCUAAGCAAAACAAUCCUGUUUCAUACGGAAAACAAGAUCCAUGAUUUAUUUAAUUUAAUAAUUGUUAGAUAUUUGGGCUGGAAGCAACAAAAUAAUCUAGUCUUCAAAAGCGUUUUUUUGCAGUAUAGAGAGACCAGCAGUGAGUGUGUUAAGACUGAACUGUGAAAAAUCCAGGUUAUGCUUGAAUUUACAAAGAGAAACGGUCUAGAAAGUUUGGCAAUAUAAUAAAAAUAAUGGUCAAAUUGACUAAAACCACUUGACGUAUCUUACGCAAAAACAUUUUCUCAUACAAAAUUGCAACACACAAGUAGAUGAUUUAUUUAUAGAAGGAGCUGUGAUCCUAAAGUGGCCUCUGUUGAUAUGGAGCCAUGGUGCUCAUGUGGGCGACAUGGGUUUGAGUCUAGCCAAUUUCCUGAUUCUGCCCCUCCCCUCCUUUCUUCCUGAUCAGGAAUCAUUGAAAUCCUUAAUUCUAAAAGGCCAAAAUGAAAAUUAGAAUUAGUAGAUCUAUUUCUAAGCAGCAAUUUUACAAUCUAAAGUUGAAUAUUUAAAUAUGAAGUGCUUUUUGUGGAGUCUUUAUAUUCAUAUUAUAAACAUAAAGUCCUAGUUUCUGAAUAAUGUAGAUUUUGACAUUGAAUCAACUUGUUUUCAGUUCAUUUAUGAGUCCAGUUGUCUCUGGCAUUGUUUAAACCAAAAUAUGAACUGAUGUGAAGAAAUAUCUAGCCCAGAACAUGACUUCCCGAAUGGAUAUGAACCAGUGCAAUUUGUUCAAAACUACUGGAUCUUAGAUCCUCACCUCUGUGAGGUCUCGUGGGUGACUUUGGAGCCUCUUCUAUCCCUGUGUCGGCUUUAGUCGCAGACCUCUUAUUUAAUAGCAACAAGGCCAGUUCGGAAAUGUAAAAAUAGCACCUGCGAGCUGUAGCGAUCAACUUGUACCGUUUAUUUCAGUUAACCGUUAAGAACAGACACACGCAAAAUGCAUUAUUCAUGAUGGUUAUGUUCCUAAAAUCAAUCCGUAACAGGGACUACAGUUCAUUCAUGUCUAUAUUCAUUCUCAUUAAAUUAAUAUGCAGUAUUAAAUGUGCAAUGUGUGUUCAAGUAGAGUGUGCAAGGACCACUGAAACUCCACAUGAACCGUUAUGUGCGAAUGUAUUUUCUAGCUGAAAGACGAUCAUUCAUUUGAAUGUAUCCUGCUGGGUUUGGAAGCACGGGUGAUUUAGAAGGCAUAGUGUCUUUUGAUGUCAAGCACUGGGAGGCCACAGCAAUGGUGCCACAUUGCUCACUGUCAGGCCCUAAAAGUAUUAUUUUUCAAGUUCUGCUAACAGUAUUGUUUUUUACCGUAGACUAUAUGCACAGACAGGAUGGUUGCUUUUCUAUGGCCAUGACUGUUAUGGUCCAGAUGGUUUAGAAAUUCAUAUGUGGUAUUUUUUUAAGGCCAUGUCAAGUCUAGGAGUAAAACACUGAGAUAACAAUGCACCGGGUUUUUCUUUGUUUUUUGUUUUUCCUGAUACAUUGAAAGAAAGAAAAAUGAAUAUGUAUUGAGGCUUUUUUAAAAAUUAUUUAAAGUUUUCUUUACCAGAUGUAUAUACACACAAGUAUACUGCAAUGUAUGUAUAUGUUGUGUACAGUCAGUGCACAUCCUAAAUGCGCUGGCCGCACUGUGGGAUCCCUGAAAAAAAAAAAAAACUAUACAGUUUGUGUUGUCAAGAAAUAGACGGAAUGAAUAAAAUUAUUUAAAAGAG